AUGUCUCCAGCAUUACUUAUCAAAGACGUCCGCAUCUUUGACGGCGAAAGAGAGAUUCCAUCUGGCAGUGUACUUGUGGAAAACGGCUUGGUCAAGCAAGUGGCAGAAGGAUCACUUACCGCACCAGACUCAGCUACCAUUGUCGUUUCCAAAAAAGGACAUACACUACUCCCUGGACUUAUCGAUGGCCAUAUUCACGCAGAUGUCGACGAUGAAGGUUCAACACUAAGGCAGUUUUUGAAGUUUGGCUUUACUACUGUCUGUGAUAUGCACCAGGAGGCCGAGAACAUCGGCAAACUAAGGGAACAAGCUGCAAAGGACUCGGAUUCGGCAGAUUACAAGACUGCCAGUCAAGCUGCAACUGUAUCUGGAGGGUGGCCGACGCCUGCUAUAUUAGCCCAUGAUAGCUCGGAUGAGACUAAAGCUCGAAUUGCUGCCUGGCCAAAUAUAAAGAGUAAAGUUGAUGUGGACGCUUUCAUUCAAGAUCGCCUCAAUGACAAGGUGGAUUACAUCAAGUUGAUACAUGAAGAUGGCAACGGUCUGUCCAUGAAGCCUACAUUGAUACCCGUGGAGCUUCAGAAAGCCAUCGUCGAAGCCACCCACAAGAAUGGCCUUCUCGCAGUUGCACACGCUUUGAGUCUGAAAGGGACAAUAGAAAUGUUACAGGCUGGCGUCAACGGGAUGGUGCACACCUUCUUCGACCGGCCACCUACAAAGGAAGUAAUCGACGCAUACCUAUUGAACAAUGCAUACUGUAGCCCAACCCUAGUGACGAUCGCCAGCUUGACCUCGGAAGGGCUGAAAGAGCAACAGAAAUACUGUCAAGAUCCUCGAGCCCACAAGCACCUAAGCGACCAAAGUAAAAAGAACCUUCACAGAUGCAUGGCACUCAGCGACAGCGCGGCAAAAGUUGCAUACGCUUACCAAAGUGUAAGGGAGCUGAAAGCUGCCGGAAUCGACAUUGUAUUGGGAUCUGACUCUGCUGGCCCAGCACACGGAACUGCUUUUGGCCUUACUGCACACCAGGAGUUAGCCGUGCUGGUUAAAGAAUGCGGCUUCACUCCGAAGGAGGCACUAAGUGCAGGGACUGCGCUAGUAGCCAAGAGAUUGCGUCUCAACGACAGAGGAAGAAUUGCUAAAGGGCUCAGGGCGGAUCUAGUCUUGGUGGAGGGUAAUCCUCUCGAGGAUAUCGACCACACGCUUAACAUCCGGGGUGUGUGGAAGAAGGGUGAUCUUUGUUCAGCGUAUAAGGGAAUUACAGCGUAG